GUUAAACGCUGCGUGGCUGGCGAAGUUGCUAGAACUACUUGCCACGCUGAUGAAAAGGCCAAGGAUGUAGAACAUGCGGGGAAGGUGUCGCAGCAAGUGAGCAAGGUGUUAUAUAAACAGAACAGGGAGGAGAAUAAGGACAAGUACCUGCUUCCCCCUGAGCUUGUGAAUGCAAUAAAAACCACAGCGAUGUUCAGCAAGAUUAUUUACCAUGAGGACUAUAAAAACAAGAUCAAAGUGAAGUGGAGUCAAACUCCAUGCUACAAUGCUGCCAUUGCAAAAAUGAAUGCAGAAACUGUAAGUAUGGCUACUCGCUGGAGGUCUGGUUUACAACGUGAGUGCAUUUCAUGUGUUGUUAUCUGUUUGUCUCUGUUCCUGACAGAGGAGGUACCGGAAGACUUUGAAAACACGAAAGACCGGAUCUACUUCAUGCAGACCGAAGCUCCAGAAUAUGAGGCUAAUAAGCGAGUUUCAGAUAACGGCAGUGAGGUAAAAUAUAAAGAUGCAUCUCAAAAGAAUAUUUUAGGGCACUAUUUGGGCAGCUUUGAGGACCCACAUCGUAGACACUGCAUGAAGAGUGAUAAAGAUUACAAAGCAGAUUAUGAGGAGGAAAAGACAAAAUGCUACUUCCCUCAGACCACAACUCAUGAGUAUGAAGCUAUUAAGAAGUUAGAGCAGUGUAAAGAUCACACCUACAAAAAGCAUCCCGAUCAAACCACGUUUGCUCAAGUGACCGAUUCUCCGAUAAAGCAUAAAGCCAAAGGUGAAGAAAUUCUUCACAAGUGUCACCUCCUUCCAGAUGUGCCCCAGUUCAUACAGGCUAAAGUUAAUGCCUACAGUUGUGGUGAUAACUACUACAAAACAGGAUUAGAAGAAUUAAAAUCAAGGGGAUAUGAUCUAAAAAGUGAUGCUAUUCCUCUCCGAGCUGCCAAGGCUGUUAGGCAGGCUGUCAGUGAUGUUAACUAUAAAAAAGGCUAUGAACUUUCCAAGGGCAAACUCGUUGGCUUCAAGAACCUCUAAGAUGAUCCCAAACUUGUUCAUUAUAUGAAGGUAGCCAAGCUGCAGUCUGAGCGAGAGUACAAAAAAGAUUAUGAGGAAACAAAAACUGUGUGCAACAUUCCAAUGGACAUGGUCAAUGUUGUCGGUGCCAAGAAGGCUCAAGAGAUUGCCAGCAAUGCCAAUUACAAGAACGUCCUGCACCACCGUACUUAUUUACCAGAUGCAAUGAAUGUGGAGAUGACCAAAAAUAUGAUGGAGAUUCAGAAUGAUGCUACCAAGAAAGCCCAGGAAUCGGUUACGAACGCUGGCUAUGGACAGCAAAUUCAUGAUUACACACUCUUGCCUGAUUCCAUGAAUCUGGAGCUAUCAAGAAAUGUGAUGCAGCUUCAGACUGAUUGUAACUUGAGACUCUACUUGUUUAUCCAGGAAAAUGUGUGCAAAGCAGACUUUAAUAACUGGUUGAGAGGAGUUGGCUGGAUACCGACUCAGUCACCGGAUGUAGUAAAGGCCAAAAAAACUGCGGAGAUUCUCAGUGAACAAAAGUACCACCAGCACCCUGACAGGCUGAUGUAUUCUAUCUCAGUGGAUGCAAUGGAACAAGUGCUAGCCAAGCAAAACGCCAAGACCAUGAAUAAGAAGCUUUACAAAGCUGGAUGGGAGGAAGACAAGAAGAAAGGUUAUGACAUGCAGCCAGGUGCUAUUCCAAUAAAAGCAGCCAAAGCCUCCAGAGACAUCGCAAGCGAGUAUAAAUACAAACUAGCCUACGAAAAAGAGAAGGGAAAGCAUAUUGGGUUCCGCAGCCUCAAGGACAACCCCAAGCUGGUGCACUUCAUGCAGGUGGCUCAGAUGCAAACUGAUCAUGAAUAUAAAAAAGAUUAUGACAAGGCAAAAACUCAUUUCCAUACUCCAGUUGACAUAGUCAGUGUUGUAGCAGCCAAGAAAGCACAGGAAUUGGCUACAAAAGCAAACUACAAAACCUUGAUCCAUACCUACAAUGUUUUUCCUGAUGCUAUGAGUCUUGAAUUAGCCAAAAACAUGAUGCAGAUACAAAGGGAUAAUCAAUAUAGAGCAGAAUAUGGUGAAAGUAUGAAGGGCGUUGGAUGGAUGCCACUGGGCUCCCUGGAAGCUGAGAAGAACAAAAAAGCGAUGGAAAUUGUUAGUGAAAAGAAGUAUCGCCAGCAUCCAGACAAGUUGAAGUAUUCUGUGCUUAUGGAUUCCAUGAACAUGGUCUUAGCUUUAAAUAAUGCUAAAAUCAUGGAUGAGUACAAGCAGGAUUACAGUGAGUGGUUCAAGGGUAUCGACUGGAGUCCUGCUGGUUUUCUGGAUGUGGAGAAAUCUAAGAAAGCCACAGAAAUCACAAGUGAUCGGAAAUACCGCCAGCAUCCCAGCAUGUUCCCCUUUACGCAACAGAAUGAUGCCAUGGGCAUGGUCCUUGCAAAGCAGAAUGCAAAUAUAAUGAACAAAAUGCAGAGUGAGAGGGAGUACAAGAAAGAUUUUGAGAAGAGGAAGACAAAGUUAAAUAUGCCUGUGGAUAUGCCAGGCUUCCUUCUAGCUAAGGAAUGUCAGGAACUGGUGAGGGAUAUAGACUACAAACGGAUGCUACACGGCUGGACCUCCCUGCCAUACCAGAAUGACAUCACCCAGGCAAAGAGGGUCUACAAACUACAGAGUGAUAGACUGUACAGAGAAGCUUGGGACAAGGACGAGACUCAGGUUCACAUCAUGCCUGAUAUUCCUGAAAUUUUGCUGGUUAAAUCAAACUUAAUUAACACAAAUGAUAAACAUUACAAGUUAGGGUAUGAGGAGCUGAAGAGGGAAGGCUACGAUCUGCCUCCUGAUGCCAUACCGUUAAAGUCAGCAAAGGCAUCCAGAGACACGGCUAGUGAACUGGUUUACAGAGCUACAGGCAAGGAGCUGAAGACAGAAUACACUGCCAUCCUUGAUACAUCUCACUUCUUAAGAGCCAAGCAAGGACAAAAAAUACAGAUCCAGUAUACGUACAUGGAACUUGCCACAGAAGACAGACCCCGUCAUCAUGCUGGUGGUCAGCCUCCAGCCUUCACCCAUGCUAGGCAUGUAAAGGACAUGGGCAGUGAGGCUGAAUACAAAGAGGACUGUGAAGAGAAGACAUACAAGUGUACUGUGGUUGCGGACACUCCAAAACAGUUCCUACAAACCACAGAAGUCAGCAAGCAGAUCCAGGAUCUGAAAUACAAAGAAGUGUACGAGAGGGAUAAAUCUCACUGCAGUGUCAUCGCAGAUCCAGCUCAUAUUAAGACUCCAAGGUAUGCCUACAAGCUGAACAGCAAC